GAAUAUGGAGCUGCAGGAAGCAGUUGAUCAGAUUAUCUUAGUUUAGCACAGUGACUAGAACCUGGAAGACAGCUUGACUGUCUCUGUGGAAACGUAACUCUAAUUGACUAAUUCCCAUGAUAUCACGAUUAUGUCACAAAAUUACAUCAAGUUCAGAUUGUCACUAAUUUAUAACAUACAUUAUUUUGAAAAAUUGCCAUAAUUUACUUCAUUUACCCAUUCCUUUUAUCUCCUCUUUAAAUAUUUUAGAAAUUGAAUAAUCGGGUUCUAUAUUUUUGGGUGGAUGUGAUACGCUCUCACGCUCCAUGAAUCAAGUCAAUCUGUACAAUCACCUGUGUCAGCUGCAGCCCGCAUGGAAGAGGAGUCAGAUUUCACUCCGAUGGGACUUUCCUGUUUAGGACGAUGACAAAUUGGAUAUUCCAUUAGAGCAACAUUUAAUGUUGCACAGCUUCAAAGAAAAUCUUUACAUAUGGUGCAAUUUCAUAUGGUGAAAUUACACUUUUAUAAGUAUAAGAAAGUAUCAGAUCUCCAUGAAGGGAAUCUGCGCUUCCUAUUUGUAUAUCAUACGAUGACAUUUGAUAAGUGCUCUGGUAAGACACUGUGAUUUAUUUGUGCUUUUCAAUUAACCGGCACAGAUCCGGAGUUUCCAAUGGCGUAACUCAGACAUACAGGUAGACAUCAACUUAUCUCUCACUGAUGUAUCGGAACAAAAUACCACAGGUCAACAGAGUUAACAGUCAUGGGAGCACAUCGCCUUGUCUACCCGCCUUUUUAUAUUUACCCCAAAACACUGCAGGCAAGCAAAGAGCUCACACACGUUGAGAAGACAGGGUGAACGUCUCACAGUACAAAAAGUGGCCCACACUUUGUUUUUCCUGGGAUUCUGACAACUAAACCCUGAGGCGGGUAAGUCGUGAAUUCUUGAUAAAAAGAAAAAAAACAGCCUGGUUACGUAUUUCCAGUUCUAGUUCACUGAGGUAAAUCCUUUUUUCUGAGUACAGCGGGCUGGCUCUGAGCCAUGCGUGUACCAAUAAAAGGGUAACGCUCUGGAGGAGUCUUUAUCUCGUGAGUUUGGAGCCGAGGAGCAGAGCUAAAGAAUAACUCAGGUCAGGAGACAGCUGUGUUUAGCGGGCAGUGAGUGAGGGGCGUGGACGUCCGAUCAGGGCAAACACCUCACUGGUUUGUUGAGCUGAUCCUGUGACUUGUGCUUUAGGUCAGAAUUACGGAUACAAGGUGUGCUGACUUAUAUCCUCUUUUUUAACUGGUGUUAAUGUGUAGAGGUUUUCCUAUUGCAGGGGGCAGAGAGCAGCACCCCAGGCCUAGUUUUCAUUUAAUUGCAAACUAGUAGAUCAGAUAGCAACUUAGUCAUUUGUUAGCAUUUACAUAUUUAUUUUGUAUCUGUUUUUUCAAAAUCGGGAUGUGUUGCUAUCAAAUAUCUAAGUAGUGGAUUCAAACGCAAAUAGUACAAUUUGGAGUUAUUAUAUAUACCACAGCGUAACCCCACCUCUCCUUCAUGGUGGUGGAUGGCCAGCCCAGCUAUGUCUCGACAGGUUGUUCAGGUUCAGCCGGAGAGCAGGGUUCAGGAGGAAGGUCAAUGGAGUACGGGCCUGUGUGAGUGCCAUAAAGACGUGGGAGACUGCUGCUUUGCCCUUUGCUGCUUACCGGUGUUUACCUGUAAAGUGACCAGCGCUGUGGGCUCCUGUCCCUGCCUGCCCCUGCUGGACUGUAUUGGCUGCGUACCGCCGGCCUCUCUGGCCAUGAGGGCGUCUGUCCGGGAACGAUACGGCAUACCGGGGAGUGUGUGGAGCGACUGCCUGUAUGGAUGCUGCUGCUAUCCGCUAUCUUGGCUCCAGAUCUCCAGAGAGCUGAAGAGAAGAGCAGCAUCCCACGCCUCCUCCUCUUCUUCUUCAGCCAGAUACACUGCUCUGACUUCCCUGCAGGAGGCGCACUUGUUCUAAAACUCUUCUGUGCACCCUAGCAGCCUGACCUCCAGUGUUGAUUUAAUCACACUUCCUCUGAUCGGCAGCCACUCCCUGUUGCCUCAGGGAACUCAGAAGAGACCUGAUCUGCUACACAGAGAGGAAAGUUCAGUCUUUCACCAAAUCAAGUGAUAAAAAGUCAUAUGACUUGAGGCAACUGUAUCAGACGGAGCUCAUGUAAUAGGCCUACCUUUAUUCUACUAUUCUUCUAUGUUUCUACUCUACUAAGUUAAAAAAAAAUAAUAGUUUGAACCGCUGAUUCACAACUUCUUUGCCCUGCGAAGUGCACACAAAGCAUUGUUUUUAUUGAGGCUGUACUGUCGUUAAGUUAUCAGUAGAUGUAAAAAAAGGUGGAGUGAACUUCUUGGGGACUAAAAAGAUAAAGGAUGAGAAAAUUAUAUUGUCAAGAAAUUACUUAGCAAACUUCAGAAAAAUAAAUGUAGAUUGGUUUACAAUUUCUACUCCCAUAAAUCCUUUUACGGACCUUCACUUUUGUACAAACCCCACAUUGAGAACUACUGGAUCAACAUGCAAACAGCUAACUUCAACCUAAACAUCUCACCGCAAGUUUUAACUUAUAUACAUACAGUGGGUACGGCAAGUAUUCAGACCCCUUUACAUUUUCUUUGCUAAAAUCAAAAAAGUUAAUUUUAUUUCUCAUUAAUGAUGAUUAUUGCUCAGUUUGGCUGGACGGCCAGGUCUGGGAAGAGUUCUUCUUCCAUUUGAGGAUUAUGGAGGCCACUCUGCUCUUAGGAACCUUGAGUACUGCAGAAAGUGCUCUGAGCUCCUUGGGCAGUUCUUUCGACCUCCUGAUUCUCAUUUGCUCUGACAUGGACUGAUUUUAGCAAAUGGCUUCAAUGAAACAAGAAAGAGUGAAAAAUGUAAAGGGGUCUGAAUACUUGCCGUAUCCACUGUAUAUAUAUAAGUGUUUAUAUUAUCAGUAUAAUGUAUUUAGUUGAUAAUGCUUCUGUGUCUAUAGUUUGAAUGCAGGACUUUUAUUUGUUAUGAAGUAUAUAAUGUGUUCUUCUACUUUUACUUAAUUAUGAUAUUUGUAUCACCCGUGCAAUGUUCAUCACAAGGCAAUGUUCAUCACCCCUGCACACUGAUAAUAGCAAACAUGUUUAAAAAGACGAAUUGUUAAAUACAAUUUUUUAAAUACUAUUUCUUCAUUUCUUAAAAUUAACUCCAUCACAGUUUAUUUGAAUGGUAAAGCACUGAAAUAUAAAACACAAUUAAUGAAACUUACUCAGAGGGAAAACAGUUGUUUUAGAUUUGACACAGCAAGUUGUUUUCUUUUUUAUAAAACGGUGCGUGGAGAAAGAAUUGCACUCUGCACUUUGCAUCAAAACAGAUGGUCAAAGAACGUGGAUUUUAUGGAGAAUGAAACACAUUUCUUCUUAUAAACUGUGAAAAAUUAGAAUUUCAUGGCAGAUUACUAGAAAUUGUUAUUAAAGACAGGC